UUUGAAAACUUUUAAGGCUUAUCCAUUUAGUAGUGCGGUCCCACCAUCCGUUAUCCAAUUACUGAAGUGGCAACUAUAGAAAGAAAACAACACCAUUAACGGCCCCCGGGAAUCACUUAACCACCCAACAAUUUUCCCGCCAUGUAUACACUGGCAGCUAAAACCCUUACCCUUUCCCCUUCUCCAUUUCUCUAUAAACCAUUAACCAAACCCCAAAAUCCUAACCAUAAACUUCCAAGCUCACAUCAAACUCCACACUGUAACCCGCCAAUUCUCACAAAUGACCACAACCCAUUACCCAAUUCCCAAAACCCUAAUCCUAAACCCUUAAAUUCAAACCAAGUUCCAGACUUUAACCCACCAAUUAUCACAAAUGAACUCAAAUCCACUUACCAAAGCGAAAGGGGUCUCCAGUUCGAGACCGAAGAUACCUUCUUUCGCCAUGAGAGCGCCACCGGGCGUGACCUCGGCGUGCUCUCGGCAAAACUUUACAAGCAAUCAAAGGGACAAUUACGUGUGCUUGACGCGAUGUGUGGGUGUGGAGUUCGUUCCCUCCGGUACCUCGCUGAAGCUGAAGCCGACUUUGUGAUGGCGAACGAUGCAAAUGAUAACAACAGGAGGGUUAUUGUGGGUAAUUUGAAAAGUAUUGAAAGGGUUUCAGGGGAGGAGAAGAGAUGGGUUGUGACACAUUCUGAUGCAAAUAGGAUUUUAUCUGAGUGUUAUCUGAAAAAGGAAUUUUUUGAUUUGAUAGAUGUUGACUCUUUUGGCAGUGAUUCUAGUUUCUUAAGGAAUGUUUUUAACACCAUAAAGUUCAAUGGAUUGCUUUAUUUAACGUCCACUGAUGGGUACUCUUCCGGCGGCCAUCGGCCUGAUUGUUCAUUAGCUGCAUAUGGAGCAUAUAUUCGCCCUAUGCCUUAUUCAAACGAGAUUGGUUUGCGGAUGCUUAUAGGUGGGGCGGUAAGAGAAGCGUCUGCUCAAGGUUAUUAUGUUACUCCUCUUUUCUCAUAUUAUUCAUACCAUGGACCUGUAUUCAGAGUCAUGUUCAGAGUGAAUCGUGGCUCGUUGCCAGAUAGCAGACAUUAUGGUUUCGUCAGCUACUGCACCAAGUGUGGGAAUUCUCAAACAUAUUCCUGGGAAGAACUUGGUCAAAUCUGCUGCCCCUGCAGUAAUAAUAUUGGUUCUAGGUCACUGGUUGUUUCAGGGCCCCUGUGGACAGGCCCUCUUCAUAAGGCUUCCUACAUUACGGAUAUGUUAAAUUUGGCUGAGCACUGGGGAUGGGUGGGCAACGGCACAGGAACUGAUCUGGAAAAACUUUUAAGACGGAUGAUAGAUGAAAGUGACCCCAGACUACCAGUUGGAUAUAUCAAAUUGGACGAGAUGGCAAGCCGAGCAAAGAUGAAUUCUCCAUCUCUAAGUGCCAUUAUGAGCGCCAUGCACAAGGAAGGAUAUGCUGCUAGUAGGUCACACAUUGCCUCCAAUGCAAUCAAGACUAAUUGUUCCAUGACACAAUGCAUAAGGAUUGCCAAGGAACUACAAGGAUGCUCAGACAAAUAACAUUGGGUAUUGAAGAGAAUGACAGUCACAGGAGAAGCUGCACAUCAACAUCAUUCCAACUUCUUCCCAGGCAAAUUUCAGGCAAAAUUUUGCAGAGGACUGCUCUUCGGAAAUGAUUGACUUAUUGUUCAUCUGUCAUCCACUUCAUCAUUUAGGCAAUUGGUUGCACAUUGAAAGACUACAUUCUUAUUUGUUAAAUCACCUAAUGAAAGAAAUAAAAAUCAAGAUGCAAUAACUUACUAAUGAA